AUAAAGUCAGAGCGCAAUCCCUGUUUUUGGAACAUCAAGAAAGUAAAGUUCGACUUUGCACAUCGGCAACUAUUUGUUUUUUCUCUUACCUGUUUUGCCAGCAAUUUUCAAAAAUAUUCUUCGUCUUUUUCCCUCGACUGUGUCUUUGAAGAUUGUGUUGAAGCCAGAAAAAAAAAAGAGAUUUAUCAACAUGGCGCUAAUGAUACUACCACUCAUUGGAGCUGUGUCGGUUUCUGAGAGUUUAGUAGCUAUGACGACCAUGUGUCUGGUCUACAUGAUUUUCAAAGUUUUCCAAACCAAGAUUCCUCCGGGGCUUCGUCGGCUUCCUGGACCUAAGCCCCUGCCCAUUAUUGGAAACGUGCUGGAGGUUGGCAGCAAACCUUACCUGAGCCUUACUGCUAUGUGCAAGCAGUACGGCCAUGUGUUCCAGAUCCAGAUUGGCAUGCGUCCUGUAGUGGUGCUGAGUGGCAGUGAUGUGGUGCGACAGGCUCUCAUCAAGCAAGGGGAGGAAUUCGCAGGCAGACCUGACCUGUACAGCUUUCGCUUCAUCAAUAACGGCAAGAGCCUGGCCUUCAGUACGGACCAGGCUGGCGUUUGGCGUGCCCGCAGAAAGCUGGCCUACAGCGCCCUGCGCUCGUUUUCCAGCCUGCGGGGCACAACCCCAGAGUAUUCCUGUGUUCUGGAAGAACACGUCUGCAAAGAGGGAGAGUACCUGAUCAAACAGAUCAACAGUGUCAUGAUGGCCGAGGGCAGCUUCGACCCGUUCCGAUACAUUGUUGUCUCGGUGGCUAAUGUGAUCUGUGGAAUGUGCUUUGGCCGACGUUAUGACCACAAUGACCAGGAGCUGCUCAGCUUAGUGAACCUGAGUGAUGAGUUUGUUCAGGUCGUGGGCAGCGGCAACCCCGCCGACUUUAUCCCUCUUCUGAGAUUCUUGCCCAGCACCACCAUGAAGAAGUUUUUGAGCAUCAACGAUCGUUUCAUGGCGUUUGUGGAAAAGAUAGUCAGCGAGCACUACGCCACCUUCAACAAGGACAACAUCCGUGACAUUACAGACUCACUCAUUGAUCACUGUGAGGACAGGAAACUAGAUGAAAAUUCCAAUAUCCAAUUAUCAGACGAGAAGAUAGUGGGAAUUGUCAAUGACCUGUUUGGAGCUGGGUUUGACACUGUCUCCACUGCCCUAUCAUGGUCAGUGAUGUACUUAGUGACCAAUCCAGAGUUACAGGAGAGGCUCUUUCAAGAAAUAGAGAGUAACAUCGGCCUGGACCGCUCACCUGUUCUGUCAGAUAAACACAAUCUACCUUUACUGGAGGCCUUUUUCCUGGAGAUGCUGCGUCACUCUUCCUUUCUACCUUUUACUAUUCCACACUGUACCUCAAAAGACACAUCGCUGAACGGCUACUUCAUUCCUAAAGACACGUGUGUCUUCAUUAAUCAGUGGCAGAUCAACCACGAUCCUGAGCUGUGGAAAGACCCGUCUUCAUUCCAACCAGAACGCUUCCUUAGCUCUGAUGGAACGGAGGUCAACAAGCUGGAAGGAGAGAAGGUCUUGGCAUUUGGCCUUGGAAAGCGACGCUGCAUUGGCGAGGUCAUCGCACGAAAUGAAGUCUUUCUUUUCUUGGCAAUCCUUAUCCAGAGGCUUCAGUUCCGUACAAAACCAGGAGAGCUGCUGGACUUGACCCCUGAGUAUGGGUUGACAAUGAAGCACAAACGGUGCCACUUACAGGCCACCUUGAGAGCAAGAAGUGAACUGUAAAGGUCACAGCCAUGUUAGGAGUCAGUGGAAGAAGCAUUUUUUUAUGAAUGUAGGGCACCGAGUGUCAGAUUUGAUUCAGAACUCAUGUCAAUGAAGCAAAUGAAUGAAACACGUUUGCUAAAUGUCAAAUGUGAUCAGGGUUCAUGUAAGCACAUUCCUGUCAUGUUUCUGGCUCUACGAGAGAUAUUCCUGCACACGCCGGAUGCCUCUCCGUGAAGUAUGGUUCUCUGUUGUGGUGUCCAGUGACUUAAAGUGUUUACACACAGAAGUUGUAGAACAAACAGAGGGUUGCCUUGUUCAGCUUUUGUAUGUUUAACUGGAUGGAGAUUGCCAUUUAGGCCAUUGCAAAAAAUGUUUGAGGAAAAACAUAUAUCACCUUAUCGUACACACAUACUGUAUACUUGUAAGCUUUUUUUUCUGAUUAAAAAUGUCAAUGUCAACAUAAGACACUGAAGAUAGUAUCCCCAAAUGUGAUUCUAUGUUUAUAUUGAUUUCUUUUUAUAGUGAUAUGUAUUUCUUCUUAUGUUCCACAUGUGUAUAUAUUGGAAUGGUAAUUUUGCCUGUGCAUAUCCAUGGAUUACCAGGAAAAUUUUAGUAAGCUAUAUGGUUUUGUAUUAUUUUCUUAAAUAAAUGAACGAUUGUUUAUCAUGUAAUUAUAUCAGAUUGGUGCGUCCUUAAAUCGGUAGCACAAAUAAAGGAAACAAAAAACAAGA